CAGUUAUACUCUGACAAAAAGUAGAGAUAAGCCGGUAAUUUCUCUCAUCUUUCUGUAAUUAAUUAAAAAUUUCUUGAUUUAGGUAUUUGCUUUUCACUUUUCUCUCUGAAUUUGUACUGGAAAAAUAAAUAACGGCCUUCAGUUUUGUGUUGUGACUUUCUGACGUAACCCUACUUGAUGCAGAAUAUUUCUGAGAUAAGAUAGCUGCACUAAAAAUAAGAUUUGUUUUUUGUAUAUAAAGGAUCUUUAGUAGAUAAGAACUCAAUGAAGAAAGUAAUUACAAUGUUGCGUGUUGCUCUUAUUCAAUCCAGGGUUGGAACCAAUCGAAAAGAAAACCUGGAAAAUGCGGAAAAGUUAAUCAAGCAAGCCAAGAAUUCGGGAGCAAAAUUAGUGUCUCUACCGGAAUGCUUUAAUUCCCCAUACGGCACGAAGUUUUUCAACCAAUACGCCGAGUCAAUUAUAAACGGACCAACUAGUCAGAUGUUAUCGAGAGCUGCCAAAGAAAAUGAAAUUUUUUUAGUCGGUGGAACCUAUCCAGAAAUAGAUAAUAACAAAUAUUAUAAUACUUGUACAGUAUGGAAUCCCAAGGGUGAAUUAAUAGCAACGUACAGAAAAAUGCAUUUGUUCGAUAUUGAUAUUCCUAAUGGUAUUACAUUUAAAGAAUCUGAUGUGUUAGCUGCAGGAAAUAAUCUAUCGUCCUUCGAGGUCAAUGGAAUUAAAGUAGGUCUAGGAAUAUGUUACGAUUUGAGGUUUGAAGAAUUAGCAAAACUUUACAGAUUGGACGACGUUAAAAUUAUGGUAUAUCCAGGCGCUUUUAACAUGACUACAGGUCCAAUACAUUUUGAGCUGUUACAACGUGCCAGAGCCUUAGAUAAUCAAGUAUAUGUAUUAGGAGUAAGCCCUGCUAGAGCUGAACAGGGAUACAUUGCAUGGGGCCACUCACAAAUUACUGAUCCGUGGGGAAAAGUUAUUGCACAAGCCAAAGAGGGUGAAGAAAUUAUUUACAGUGAUAUAAAUGUACAAGAAUGUGAGAACGUUAGGCAGCAAAUACCGAUUUUUUCUCAAAGGAGAACGGAUGUAUAUGAUACAAUUAAAAAAUAGUAGGUAUACCUAUGUUAAAUGAAUGUUGCUCGUAAAGAAAUAUCAAAUAUAAGACUAUAGAUAAUAGGAAAAAAAAACAUAUUUUUUUAUACUGUGUAUGUUGACAAGAUUAUGGUGUUGAGCAUAAAAUUAUAGAUGUAAAUUGUAACAUAAAA